AACCUUCUGGACCUUUCGCCUUCCAACGCUCAGUCCUGGUGACAAUAUCCUGGUGAUAUCAACCUCCCCCCUCGAGUACAAAGAAUCCAACUCUGCAAUGUCCCAACUUCUCAGUCCACCAUCUUCCCCUCGGGAUCACCGACACUACAUCCCUCGAAGGCCCAGCCCACUGUCUCUCCCCCCGCUGGCAGGGCAACUGACAGCAUCCUCGGGCUCCUCCAACUUCCAGCCCUUCUCUCUCUCAGCAUUCGUCAUCGACUCUCCCAGAGCGGGAGGUAAAGUCCCUCGGUACCCUCUCGAGAAACAACGGCGUGCCUGGAAGGAGCUGGAGGAGGAGCAGCAGCGGAAGCGUCAACAGCAGCAGAUGCAGAGGCAAGAACCCAUGCAGAUCCGCUCGUCUUCAGUGGAAACCUUGUCUCCGACGUGUACCCUUCCUUUAACGCCCAGAAGUGCGAAGAGCAGUGCGUCCAGCGCGUACUCCCAGCACGACGACGAGACCAACAACGGCAAGUCGAAGCUGGUGCAGAGGUCGUUCUGCGCUGCCCUCUUUGGGUCCUGCUUUGCUGUCUUUCACACCUCGGCCGCGAGGAUAGAGACCGCCCAUGCUGCUCGCCAGAUUGCGAGUGCUCGGUGAUAAGAUCGGGAUUCCCAUCCACAAGGGUGGCAGGAUAUUUGGGAUUGUGUAAACACGACGCGGGACGUCGUUAUUGCACUUGUAGUGUAGUAUUGGAGGUCCGGGCGUGCUGGUUCAUGACCCCACACCACAGUAAUAAACAGGCUUGGAAGGCCAGUUACUCUUCGAA